AACAGUACAUGCGUGAGAAAAAAAACUGAAGGGCUAACUUAUAAAAGAGCAUGUAUGUGCGAUAACAGCGAUUGAAGGAAAACUCAUAGUGAGCCGAGAUAACUGUGAGAAGAAAUUGCAAAAGAAGACCUUACAGCUGUGAUUUUGUGCCUAACAGAACAAAAAAAAACUAUAGAUCACUGAUUACUACUGUAGUUCUCUGAAUGGUGACAAUGAGAUGUUUUCAACUUAAACAGGUUUUUUAAUAUCAGCCUUACCCGUUUUCACUGUUAUUGGAUCCUUUGUAGAGUGUUUCCUUGAUGAAAUGAUGAAAAGAAAAUUCAUCGUAGGCUUAGAUCAAUGCAAGAAGAAAUCACAAAAGAUGGACUUGCAGCUGUGACAUUGUACUCAAAAGAUUAAGCCAGGGUUAAACUGAUCACACAGAGGAUGGUGACAAUGAGGUGUUCUCGUCAACAGUUUGUCGUUUGUCUGAUUUCGGCCUCGGCCAUAUCCGUGUUUUCUCUUGUUACCCAAUUUCUGGUACUUUUCCAGAGCAAUUCCUAUACGAUCAAGAAACGCUGCUCAGGCUAUGAGUCGUCGGAGUUUAGUAACAAAAUUCAGCAUAGAACUUUUAAUAAGGUGACCUACAAAGAUUAUCUAGACAGACCUUCUGCAGAUCUUACAAGACUUCAAAAUGAAUGGAGGAUAGAUGCAACACUAUUCAACAAUUUCCCGAAAGAGAAAAGGUAUCUAACCAUAGGAAUUCCAACGAUCAGAAGAGUAGGCGACGAAUAUAUCAUGGACACGAUCAAUUCUUUAGUAAACAACACACGGCCAGAGGAACUCAAAGAUAUCUAUAUUGUGAUUUUUCUAGCAGAUUUUAAUGAGACUUGGAGAGAAGACAUUAGUGGAAGGUUAAACGAAUCUUAUCCACAACUCAUUUCAUCAGAAACUUUAGUCGUGAUCAGCUCCUGGAAAUCAUUUUAUCCGAGCCUGGAGAAUCUUAAUCAUACAUAUAACGAUAACUACAGCAAAAGGAAAUGGCGUUCCAAGCAAAAUGUUGAUUAUGCUUUCAUUUUCUUAUACUGUCAGCAUUUGUCCAUUUAUUACAUGCAAAUGGAAGACGAUAUUUACACAAUACCCAAUUAUCUUAAAGUAAUAAAGGAUUACAUAUCUACGAUGAACUUUCAAUGGACAUGUUUAGAGUUUUCAGAACUUGGGUUUAUAGGUAAACUUUAUCAUUCAUAUGAUCUUGAAAAGCUAGCUAAGAUUGUACUGUUAUUCUAUGAAGAGCAACCCUGUGACUUUACAUACUUAUAUUUUAAUACUUUAAUGUUACAAUUCCAACGUAUUAUACAUCGUCCUACUAUAUUUCAACAUGUUGGCUUGAAAUCAUCUCUCCCAGGAAAAGUCCAGCCAUUGAAAGACAGAUUUUUCGAUAAUAUGGAGAAAACGUACAAAGGAGAUAACCCUCCCGCAAAACUGUACACAAAUUUGGUUGUACAAUCCUCUUUCACCCCAGAGUCCGCUUACUUUUUGGAACCUGGCUAUUUUUGGAGUAAAAGUAAUGGAAAAAGAGGUGAUUGGUUUACCGUAGUUUUCGAUGAUCCCACAAGGGUCAAAAAGAUAAUUAUAGUUACCGGAUCGCGCGAACAUCCAACAGACAAAAUCGAGCACGGCAAACUACAGGCAAGCCUAAGUUUGUUGAGUAUUGAUCAAUCUCAACCAAAAUGUACGAACGAUAUUGACCUAGGAUAUUUAACAGGCGGAGUUUUAAAAGUGGACAAUUUAACAUCAAUUCUAGGACCUUUCAGAAUACACUGCCUGAGCAUCAUUUUAACCGCCAAUCAGGACUGGUGGAUUAUUAUAAAAGAAAUUGCUGUAUUUGUUGCUGAUUGAUAUACAUUAUAUGUUAUUAAUGUCUUUCACUUAUAUAAAGGAACUAAGUGUCAGCAAACACAUUUUAACUCAAACCAACACCUACAAAAGUUAAUGUGUCAGUUGUCAAACGUUUUUCUACAUCAAACAUUUGACCACCAACAUACUGUAAGUUUUUGAAAUAUUUAAAAGACAUUUGAUUGCUUACAAACAUUUGAUUCUGAAGACAUUAUUGAUUUUUCUUGUAUUUAUGAUAUCUCAAAACAGACUGAAGUAAUUUUUCAUUUAGCGAUUAUUGAAUUGAAACUAGAUAUAGAAUGAAUGUAUCUGUCAAGGACUCAAAUUUAUGAAAUGUGCUAUUGUCUCAAGUCUUAAAAUUAAAUAACUUCUUUACAUGCUUUUUUCAGAUCAUAUUUAUAUUUUACAACGUUAUUUAAUAUAUAUCUUUACUGAUUCUGAAUUUCUCAAAAAUUAACGAACGGUUGCAACUUGUAUAGUAGUAGUUAUAUAUGCACAGAAAUUUGGUAAGACACAAUGUGUGGAAUAUAUGAUAUAGUUUUUGUAAUGUUCAAAGCUACAGAUUAAUUUUUCUAAGUUCCGGUGGACUUGCUGUAAACGUGUAAAUAUUGACCAUAUCUGGUCAUCAAAGGUAGAUCUGCUUUUGACAUUAAAGAGAAGGCCGGCUCCCCUUGUACAGUUCUAUAAAUAAUUUUUACAUCAUUGAAACGCUCACACCUUUUAUUAAGACCUUUAAAGUUUCAUAUCGUUUAAAUUUCAAAACUUUUUUCUAACCUUUUAUAAUUUAUCAUAUGUUCGACAGCAUUUAAAUCCAUUUACAAACCCUUUUUAUCAACGACUCUGUUAUGUGUGACCAAGAAUGAAUUAAUUUAACACAAGCGAAAAUGACAAGUUGAAGACUGUUUUUCUGUACACUUUGUUCUUGUCAGUUCAUUGAAUUCAUUGAUUCAAUGCUGUAAAAAUAUAUGUGAGAAAUACAUGUAUCCUUCUCAUACCAUGAUCAAAUUGUUUUAUAUACUUUAACCUAAUUACACCAGAAGAAUGGUCUCAUACAUGUAUAAACGAUGGGAACUUUUGAAGUAAAUAAACGAAAUCUCCGUAUAGGAAAAGAAAACGAUAAAUGGCAUGCUUCAUGAGCAUGAAAACAAAAUGAAAUCAUUUGGUUUUGUUCUCCAAAUGCUUGAAAUUAUUCAAUCUGCAUUCUUGUAUCUAUUGAAACAUACUAAACUUAAACUUAAUUUUUGGUUUAAAAAAAUAUACCUAAAUUGAUGGUUGAUUUGGAGAAACAUUUUAAAACCUUAUUUACUUUGUUGGUUUUUUUUAUCUUAUUGCAAUCUUACC